AUCCCAUGUUGGCGGCGGCCGCGGGUCCAAAACAGGAAGUUGAUGCAGGAAACUGGGCUCAAGUUGAAGCCCUGAAGUGCCGGUGAGGAGAGGAGCUUCGCCACUCUCUCUCUCUCUCUGCAGUUCAAUGGAAGGGAAGGAUCCUUUCGCAAGAGGCGCCCAUUUACUCCUUUGGUUAAUUUCAGCUCUGCCGGAAAGCCUUUUUAAUACUUCAGUUUUCUAACCGUUAGAUGAUUUAACCACUAAUAAGAUUUUCGCAAGAGGUGUGGACAGGUAUGGAUGAAAGCACCACAACAACUGCAACUUCUGAAGCUCUCUUCUGUUUUGGAGUCGUAGCAGAUAUUCAAUAUGCCGAUCUAGAUGAUGGCUAUGAUUUCCUGGGAAUCCAGAAGAGAUACUAUAAACAUAGCCUAUGCCACCUCCAAAAUGCAGUUGAAGAUUGGAAUAGAACACAAGUUCAGUUUGUAUUGCAGCUUGGGGACAUCAUUGAUGGCUUCAACGCCCAAUAUAAGGUGUCAGAGAAAGCACUGGAAAAGGUCAUGAUGGAAUUUCAGAAGCUCAAAGCCCCUGUCCACCAUGUGUGGGGCAAUCAUGAACUAUACAACUUCACAAGAGACCAUCUAGUGCUGUCUGCACUCAAUACUAAGUACUUAGAAGACCACACUUUAAUUAGCAAUUUUAACACAGAUCUGAGCAACACUGGAGAUACUGCAUCAGAAUUCUGCUAUGCUUAUCAAUUUUGCCCAAUGCCAACAUUUCGAUUCAUUAUCCUUGAUGCUUAUGAUUUAAGUACUCUGGGGCGUGACACAUCCAGCAAAAAAUAUCAAGAUUCUCUACAGUUACUGCAAGGCAAAAAUCGAAAUGUAAAUCUGAAUAGUCCAUUAGAUCUUGAUGAAUGUCAGUUUGUACAAUUCAAUGGAGGUUUCAGUCAAGACCAGCUGGAUUGGCUUGACAAAGUUCUUACAUAUGCUGACAAAAAUAAAGAGAGAGUUGUAAUUGCAGGUCAUAUACCCAUUCAUCCUCAUGCUACAAACAGUGUCUGCCUUGCUUGGAAUUAUGAAGAUGCCCUUUCUAUCAUUCAUUCGCAUCAUUCUGUGGUAUGUUUUCUUGCUGGCCACGUCCAUUGUAGCGGGUACUGUUUAGAUUCUCAUGGAAUCCAUCAUCUAACUCUUGAAGGGAUUAUAUCAUCUCCUCCAGAAAGCAAUGCUUUUGGGACUAUAUAUGUGUACAAUGACAGGCUAGUCUUAAAAGGUAGUGGAAGUGUCCCUGAUCAAGAGAUGCGUUACAAAGCUGAUAAUUACAAUUCCUUGUUUUAAUGCUGCUUCUUUUGAUCUUAAAAUGUUUUAUUUUAAUCAUUCAUUCAUUUAUUUGGGAACACUUGUUUUGUCUGUGUUACGUUGAUCCUUAAAUACAAACAAUAGGCCUUAAAGCAAUUAAUGUACUAUUCACUGUGCUAGUAACUCUGUCUAAAGCUCAUUACAGUGUGUGUGCAGCCUAUGGAAUGGCACUUCUAAAUUCAAAUUCCGGUAGCCAAAUUAAGAUUUGGCACUCUUUGUUAAAGUGGAGGAUGUAGAAGUAAUCAGAUAUAUUUAUGUCAGCAAAUGGGAAAUAAAAACAUUGAAUAUAUUGAA